CGGGCCGGGCUUGGCUCGUACGGUCCCUCCGGGCUUGUACGGUCCCUCCGCGUUCCCGGGAAGUCGCUCUGUGCCAACAGGAAUGGAUUUCCCCUGCGGAAGGUUGGGACAUGAUGCCGAAAUCCCCCGCGCGCGGCCUGUGCCGGGCGCGGGCCCCGGCGCCGUGAGUCCUUUCCUGAGCCUGCUGCACUCCAUCUCCUCGGGCCUGUCGGACGCGGAGCUCUCCGAGAUGAAGUUCCUCUGCCGCGACAAAAUUGGGAAGCGAAAGCUUGAUGCGGUGCAAAGCGGCCGGGAGCUCUUCAGCAUCCUGAUGGAGCAGCAGCUGAUCGCGAGCGACAGCCUGGAGCUCCUGAGAAAGCUGCUGCAGCUCAUCCAUAGGGGCGAUCUGCUGUCCCUGCUGGUGCAGUUCGAAGAGGAAGAACCUCAUGCCCCUGAUGAUCAGCCAGAUAGGCAUGAAAAACGUCUCCUGAAAGCAGCUGUUAAUGUCAUAUGUGACAAUGUUGGGAGAGAGUGGAAGAAGCUGAUGCGAGAACUUGGGAUGUCAGAGGUGAAGCUGGACAGGAUAGAGGCAGCCCAUCGAUUUAAUUUGUAUGAACUGCUUGUUCAAGCACUUCGGGAGUGGCAGCUGUGGAAGGGGAAGGAUGCAAAGGUGGCUGACUUAAUAAAAGCCCUCCGGGGCUGCAACCUGAAUUUGGUGGCGGACAUGGUUGAAGAGAAGAUCUCAAAAUUGAACAUGGAACCAGAUGAAACGGGUGUAAAACUAUGA